AUGCGCGCUCAGACCCUGCUGGCCAGAUUUUUUUACACGCUGCAUUUUCAAUUUUGGCGAGGCCGAGUUGUCCUCCGAGCCAUGACUUCGUUGACGUUCUUCCACGACUUUCUCUCGCAGCCUGCGCGAGCCGUCGGCCUUCUUCUGGGAGCUGCCAAAAUCGAGCAUGUAAAACAUCCGUUGAAGGUGACAGAAGGAGAGCACAAGAAAGAUGAAGAAUAUGGUAAUGUUUGCCCAACCAGAGAAGUCCCGGCCAUCUGUGAUGGUGACUUCUGCCUGUUUGAGAGCUCCUCCAUUCUGAAGUACCUCGUGAGGAAGUAUAAUCUGCCGGAGCACUGGUACCCAUCAGAUGUACAACGUCAGGCCAAGAUUGACGAGUACCUGGGGUGGCAUGACAAGCUAAAGGAGCUUGAAGGUGUCCAGAAAAGGAGCAAAGACAUGCUCGAAAACUACUUUCUGAAGGACAAGAAGUUUAUUGGUGGAGACGAGAUCUGCAUUGCUGAUCUGCAGGCCAUCUGCGAGUUCACUCAGUUCUGGAUGAUGCACAUCGACCAUUGCGAGGGCUACCCGCGAAUCGCCCAGUGGAUAAAGGAUGUCCAAGCCGCCAUUGGGCAGGAAAUUUUCGACGAAGUUCACGUGGCUGUGUACUCCAUGCGAGACCAGAACAUGUUUGGCACCAAGUGA